AUGGCCAACUCAAAACCACUCAAUGUCGACGCUGCAGACGCCCUUCAGGGCCUCAUUAACGAUGCGCUGGUACAAACUGGAAAGGCGUUGAAAUCAUGGAGUAAGGAUGGUAGGCACCAGGUUCAAGCUCAGAUUUCUUUGCAGACGAAGAUGCCCGAGAUUAUUGAGAGCUUCCACUGGAAGCUUGAUGAUCUAGAGAGCGAGAUUACCAGAGCAAAGGCAGCUUUGCAAAGGGACUUGGACCGGCUGCAAGAACUAAGGCGCCCAGUCCAGCAACCCGCCCCGGUCGAGGCGCAGACAAAAUCGCCAAUGGCCAUUGACAUCGACUCGUCGCCUCGGGAGCCGUCUCCGGACAGUAAAUCUGAAAUCACGGAAGCUUCGGGUCCGCACAGGGUCCCCGCAGAACCGAGUGCAGCUCCAUCGAUGGCGCCCUUCCCAGACAUGGGCGUCAGCUUCCAGCCACAAGCAGAACCCACACAGGCAACGAAACAGGAGCCAACGCCAACACCGGCACCGGCACCGCCAGCCAUGAUGGCCCCCAUGGGCGACGUCAAACCGGAAGCUAACCCGGACGCUGCCACCACACAAACCGCUGGCGCCCCUGAGGCACCAAUGGACGACCUAUUCGGCCUUGACGGCGACGCUGGCGGCGGAACGGAAGAUAACGGCUCAGAAUUCCACUUCACAGACAUGACCUUUAGCCUAGCUCCUCCGAAUAGCGAUUCUCAAGAUCAGUCGCAAACACAAGACACAACCAUGGACAUGUCCUUUGGCACCGCUGAUAUGGGUGGCGAUAUCCUGUCACUCGACAGCUUACUUCCGCCUGACAACAACGCCGCCAGCAACAGCGUCAAGACAGAGACAACGGCACAAACGGCACCAGGAACAGUCACGUCGGCACCACCUGCCAACCAGGAGAAGCCUGUCGAGGCCAAGGCCGAGAAGCAGGAUUCUACGAAUCUGGACGAUUUGUUCAACAUGGACGCUAACACGAGCCUCGAAGGCAUGGAUCUCGACAUGAAUAUGAGCGGCGACGGUGGAGAUGGCAGUACCUUCGACGAUAUGUAUUUUGGUGACAUGACAGAGAUGGAGCACGGGAAGUUUGACGAUGCCUUCUUUGGAAUUCAGUAG